AUGCCGAGCAAGGACCCCAAUCAGCGCUCAUGGACAAGGCGAGUCGUUCGUUCCUUGAUGGCGCACUCUUUCGACAUCGUCAAAUCUUUCGAGGACAGUCUCGAUCAGCAGAUCGCAACUCCCCUCGCAGCGGUCAUCGCUCUCACUGAACUCGUCCGACAUUCAGACGUCGGGACCGUCUUCGAGCUCGUCACAGCACUCAGAGAUGGCGCAGCUGCCCUCAAGGCCGCAAGUCCAAGUCCGAUCAGCACAGCGGCAGGCUGCGAGCUUUUCAUCGCCUUCGUCUCCCUCCUACCCCACGCUUCAUCCAACUUUGCAGACCUGAAGCAAGAGCUUGUUCGCCAUGGCCAAAUAUACGCAGCAGAGGCUCUCACAUAUCGUACCAAAAUCGCAGAGCUUGCGGUGGGCUUCAUCAAGGAUGGCUCUGUGAUUCUCACCCAUUCAUAUUCGAGAGUCGUUCUUCAAACACUCCUCCUCGCCCACAAAUCGAAGCGUAUUUCUGUCUUCGUCACAGAAGCCCGUCCUCGCGGCCUUGGCAUCAAAACAGCCGAGGCUCUCUCCGCUGCAGGCGUUCCUUGUACCGUAAUCCUCGAUUCAGCCGUCGCAUACGUCAUGGACAAGGUCGACUUCGUUCUUGUAGGAUCGGAGGCAGUUGUAGAGAGCGGUGGGUUGGUCAAUGCGGUAGGCAGUAAUCAGAUUGCCAUCAUCGCAAGAGCUGCCAAUAAGCCGUUCUACGCUUUGGCGGAAAGCUACAAAUUCCACCGCCUUUUCCCGCUAUCGCAAUACGAUCUGCCAAGUCACAACUCCAAAAUUCUUUCAUUUCCUCGUCCUGUCCGGUCUGGACGCUCCGCCUCAGUCAGCAGACCGACCAAGGAGCCCACUGAUGGGGCAAGCUCCCCACCCACCACUCCCCCGGAUCCUGCUGCUGGAACAAUUACUCAAGAACAAAUCUCCCAGAAUAAUCCAACAGUCGAUUACACCAGGCCCGACCUGAUUUCUCUGGUCUUUUCAGACGUUGGUAGCUUAACGCCAGAGGGUGUUAGUCAAUACCUUGUCGGCAUGUUUGCGGGAUGA